UUCUCUCUCUCACCGUGACAAUCUCAAAGCCAGCGAGCUUCCUUAUUCAGACUCUUCUUUCUUUUCUUCUUCCUCCCCCUCCUACCCAUAACUCCAUAGAGCUAGCCUACCCUCAUUUUGCCUUCUCCUUAAUUCUCCUCCGCCAUGGUCGCCAUGGAAGCUUUUCGUACUUUCCAACCCAUCUCAAAAUGCAACACUCAUGAACGACAAAACCAAACCGUCGUCUCCGACUUAGACGGCACGCUUCUUGUGUCGCGGAGUGCUUUUCCUUAUUACAUGCUCAUCGCUAUCGAAGCCGGAAGCUUCCUCCGAGGACUCCUCCUCCUUGUUUCAGUCCCCUUUGUGUAUUUCACGUACUUGUUCGUCUCCGAAACCGUGGCUAUCAAAACUCUUAUCUUCAUCACCUUCGCCGGACUCAAAACCAGAGACGUGGAGCUGGCGUCACGGUCGGUGUUGCCCAAGUUCUACGCCGAAGACGUCCACCCGGAGACAUGGCGGGUGUUCAACUCGUUCGGGAAGAGAUAUAUCUUGACGGCGAGUCCGAGGUUGAUGGUGGAGCCAUUUGCUAAGACGUUUCUUGAGGUUGAUAAGGUUAUUGGGACAGAACUGAGAGCCACAGAAUCUGGGAAGACAUUGACAGGGCUUGUUAAGGAACCAGGAGUACUGGUUGGUGCGCACAAGAAAGCAGCCGUUGUGAAAGAAUUUGGAUCUGAAUUACCAGAUUUGGGACUGGGAGACAGUGAAUCAGAUUAUGACUUCAUGUCAAUUUGCAAGGAAGGAUUUUUAGUGCCAAGAACAAAGUGUGAGCCACUAGCCCGAAACAAACUUUUAAGUCCCAUUAUCUUCCACGACGGUCGUUUUGCUCAGAGGCCAACCCCUCUGAUAGCUCUCUUGACCUUCCUAUGGCUGCCCAUUGGCAUCGUACUCUCAAUCCUUAGGGUAUACCUCAAUGUCCGAUUACCAGAAAGAUUCGCUUGGUACAACUACAAGCUUCUUGGUAUCAGAGUCAUCGUUAAGGGCAACCCACCCCCUGCUCCAAAGAAAGGCCAAAGUGGUGUUCUUUUCGUCUCCAACCACCGUACGGUGCUCGACCCUGUGGUUACUGCGGUUGCUCUCAGGAGAAAAAUCAGCUGUGUCACCUACAGCAUAAGCAGGUUUACUGAAAUAGUGUCUCCAAUCAAAACCGUGCCUUUGUCUAGAGAAAGACAAAGAGAUGCAGAAAAUAUAAAAAGACUGCUUCAAGAAGGUGACCUAAUGAUUUGCCCUGAAGGAACCACAUGUAGGGAACCAUUUUUGUUAAGGUUCAGUGCCCUUUUUGCUGAAUUAACUGAUAGAAUCGUUCCUGUGGCUAUCAACACGAAGCAGACUGUGUUUAAUGGGACCACGGUUCGUGGGCAUAAGCUAUUGGAUCCUUACUUUGUGUUCAUGAACCCUAUGCCUACUUAUGAGAUCACUUUUCUGAACCAGCUUCCUGUUGAGCUCACGUGUAAGGGAGGCAAGUCCAGUUUUGAAGUUGCCAAUUAUAUUCAAAGGGUUCUUGCUGGGACGCUUGGAUUUGAGUGUACGAGCCUGACAAGGAAAGAUAAGUAUGCCAUGCUUGCUGGAACAGAUGGGCGGGUUCCAUCAAAGAAGGAGAAGGAGAAAGAGAAGGAGAAUGAUAAGAAGGCUUAAUUGAAAAGAAAAGUGUUCCAUCAACCCUUUGGAUUAUGAAUUUAUUGCCAAUUUGUUUCUGAAUAUUUAGGACUACGGAUAUAUUCAUAUAGCAAUAAACAUGCUUAUUGAUCGUGACGGAAUCACGGAAUAUUCACAAUCUGUUUGAAUGUAUAUGUAUAUAUAUACGAUUUUUUUUU